ACCCUCGGUUAAAUCGAGACAAAUCUCUGCCGUGAGACGACGUCUUCUUCAAAAAUCCUUGUAGUUCCUUGUAUUCUGUAUGAAAGACACUAUAUUAAUUGUUGAGAACUAAUCUGUAUGGUUUUGUAAGUGUUCGGUGAUAUAAAAAGUGAAAAUGCACUGUUAUAUCUAGUAUGUGAUGCGAGAUGAAUCUGUGAGGUGAUUGAAGCGAUAACACAGCUACAAAGAAGUCGAAAAAAGGUUGUCAAGUAUGGACACGAGGGAUGAUGAUGAGCCACCACCAGACCCGGCGGCCAGAAAAUCUCUACAUCAUGACUACACUGAACAGGACUUUGAAGGUCACCGGGCGCACACGGUGUUUGUGGGUGUACACGUGCCAACUAGACGUCACUCACACAGAAAACAUAAACAUCAUCAUCGCACUGAAAAGGACCCGGAAAAGCCAAGCUCCGCAAUAAUGGCCCGGGUUAGAAGACUGAGCGUAACAGAUGACGGAGAAACAUUGACACCACCUGCGCAAAGAGUCCAAUUCAUACUUGGAGAAGAUGUCGAUGAUUCUACGAUGGUGUCUCAUCCCCUAUUCUCAGAAAUGGAAGAGCUCGUUAAAGACGGCGACGAGCUUGAAUGGAAAGAAACAGCUCGUUGGAUCAAAUUUGAAGAAGACGUUGAAGAAGGAGGCAAUAGGUGGUCUAAGCCCCACGUUGCCACUCUGUCUCUACAUUCACUUUUCGAACUACGAAGUUUAAUACUCAACGGAUCCGUAAUACUGGAUAUGGAAGCAAAUUCUCUGGAACAAGUUGCUGAAAAUGUAUUGGAUAAUAUGGUGAUGGAUGGCUUUUUAGGUUACGAUAAUAGAGACAAGGUGAAAGACGCUCUAUUACGACGACACAGACACCAGCACGAGAAAAGAAAUCAUAACAACAUGUCUAGGCUUCCUCUAAUACGAUCAUUGGCAGACAUUGGAAGGAAUCAUUCAUCCUGCAAAAAUUUGCAGGAUAAAGAUCCUCAGAGCACCAGCUCCAAAAGCUGUCGAGGCCCAACGACAAAACCUCACACAGCUCUUCUUCAUGCAAGUGAUACACGAGGAUCUUACCUAGCUGUUCCAGGUGCACCUCAUGACGAAGGUAUGAUUAAAAGCCCAAGUAGUGGAUCAAUGCAACAUGGCCACGAUAUCACAUUGAACGGAGAUGUAAACCAUAAAAGUAACACACAUUUUAUGCGCAAAAUCCCACCAGGAGCUGAAGCUUCUAACAUUCUCGUGGGUGAAGUUGAUUUUCUUGACAAAACGUUAUCUGCUUUUGUCAGACUCAAAACUGGUACUAUCAUGGGAGACUUAACCGAAGUAGCGGUGCCAACACGAUUCAUGUUUGUUUUACUUGGCCCACCUAAUAGUAACUCUAGCUUUCAUGAAAUCGGAAGAGCAAUGGCUACACUAAUGUCAGAUGAAAUAUUCCACGAAGUCGCAUAUCGCGCAAAGAAACGCGAUCAUCUCCUUGCGGGAAUAGACGAAUUCCUAGAUGCAGUGACAGUCCUUCCACCGGGUGAAUGGGAUCCCGCUAUAAGAAUAGAACCACCUGCGGCAAUUCCAUCUCAAGAUCUACGAAAACGUCCAAAUGAUAAUAGCAUAAAAGAAGAACCCGAUGAAGAAGAGGAAGAGCAAAGACAACGUGAAGAAUCUGGUUUAGCUAGAAGUGGCAAAUUAUUUGGCGGUUUGAUAAAUGACUUAAAAAGAAAAAUGCCUUGGUAUUGGUCAGAUUUUAAAGACGCAUUGGCCUUACAAUGCGUUGCAUCGUGGAUAUUUUUGUAUUUUGCAUGUUUGUCGCCAAUUAUUACAUUUGGAGGGUUACUAGGCGAAGCGACUGGUAAAAAUAUGGCUGCAAUGGAAUCUCUAGUGAGUGGCUUCGUUUGUGGUAUGGGUUAUGGCUUCUUUUCAGGACAACCAUUGACGAUAUUAGGCUCUACUGGUCCUGUAUUAGUAUUUGAAUCUAUUGUUUUUGAAUUUUGUAAGCAAGUAGGAUGGAACUACAUGUCUUUUAGAUUUUGUAUCGGAACUUGGACCUCUAUCAUACUAGUAAUACUAGUAGCCAUUGAUGCUAGUGCUCUAGUAUGUUAUAUAACAAGAUUCACUGAAGAAAAUUUCGCUACAUUAAUAGCAUUCAUCUUUAUAUACAAGGCCGUCGAAAAUGUUAUUUCGAUAGGGAAAAAAUAUCCGCUAAAGACACGCCCUGAUGAGAUACUCAAUUAUGAAUGCUACUGUUUGCCAAGUAAUUACUCAAAAGUUCCCGAGGAAUUUAAUUGGACAUCCGUCGAAAAAGAGUCGUGUAAAUUUUAUAAUGGGACGCUGGCUGGCGGUGGCUGCGAUACAAAAGUUUACGUGCCAGAUGUAUUUUUAAUGUCCAUCAUAUUAUUCCUCGGAACAUUUGCAAUUUCAAUUAUUCUAAAGGAUUUUAAGAAUUCUCUAUUUUUUCCUUCAAAGGUCCGUCAAAUAAUAAGCGAUUUUUCUGUAAUAAUAGCGAUUUUAUCUAUGUCGUUCUUGGAUUAUAAAGUCGGAGUAAAGACACCAAAACUGGAAGUUCCUUCGGAGUUUAAGCCAACCUUGCCAAGUAGGAAUUGGGUGAUCACUCCGUUUAAUGGCAAUCCCAUAUGGUCAGCGCUCGUGGCCAUUUUACCAGCAUUACUGGGAACCAUAUUGAUAUUCAUGGAUCAACAGAUAACUGCAGUUAUUGUGAAUCGUAAAGAGAAUAAAUUGAAGAAAGGAUGCGGAUAUCAUCUUGAUCUCUUUGUUCUGGCAAUUUUAAUCCAGAUAUGUUCAAUAAUGGGCUUGCCUUGGUUUGUAGCUGCAACUGUACUCAGUAUAAACCACGUUAAUUCCUUGAAAGUUGAAUCGGAAUGUGCAGCUCCUGGAGAAAAACCACAAUUCCUAGGAGUAAGGGAACAAAGAGCUACUCAUAUAAUGAUCUUUAUGACAAUAGGAUGCUCCGUUUUACUAACACCAGUUUUGAGACACAUUCCAAUGCCGGUAUUGUUUGGAGUAUUCCUGUAUAUGGGUGUCGCCUCCCUUAAAGGUCUUCAAUUUUUCGAUAGGAUUUUGAUCAUGUUCAUGCCACAAAAAUACCAACCGGAUCACAUGUUCCUUCGGCAGGUGCCAAUUCGAAGAGUUCACGUGUUUACAGCUUUACAAUUGACAUGUCUGGUUUGCCUGUGGUUGGUUAAAUCGUUUUCUUCGACCUCAAUACUUUUCCCUCUCAUGUUGGUUAUCAUGAUUGGUAUUAGAAAAGCGCUGGACCUAUUUUUCACUAGACGUGAAUUAAAGAUCCUCGAUGAUGUCAUGCCCGAAAUUACAAAGAGAAGCCAAGACGAACUUCGUGAACUCGGAGACGGAGAGGAUACAACAAAAAGCAAUCCACCCGAAUUUCAAGAAAACCUACAAAUACCUUUAAUAAAUGGAAAUAUUAUGAAUAUACCUUUGGCUUCGAUUAACAUAUCGGAAGAGAUGAACAAAACAGGAAUUUGGAAGCAAGUAAAUAAUAGUAAUACGACAAAAGCACGAGAUGAUCCUAGAGAGUUUAAAACUAAAUCAGGCAAGAAAACAAACAAACACAAAAAAAUUAUGUCAAAAAGUUUUCAAACAGAGGUGGAGAGACGUCUGUCCACGAUGGAUGAGAUCGAGGAAGAUGAUUCAAUGAAGAGCGAGCUACUAAAGCGAAGAGAUUCUUGGAGCAUUAAGAAAAAUGAGUGCAAGAAAAAUGGAAUUUCGACGGAAACAUCGGUCUAAUUAUAUUUUGAUGUAUUUUAAUAUUCUUAGCCAUAAAUUAAGUUCUAUUUUUGAGACAGUGAUAUUAUUUUCAACUGUGAACUUAUAGAGCGAUGUAUUUUUUUAUUGUCAAAAUAUUUAGAUUGUUUUACAUUUAGUCAAGAACCUGAUUAUUAUGAAGGAAGUUCGCAUCAUAAACCAAGAGUUGCCAUUGAAUCCUUGUAUUAUUAUAAAUGUUUUUAAGUAGCAGUAUCCAAGAAAGUAUCUAGCGUUAAAUAGAAGCUGAUAUUCAAUUUCAUAAAAAAUUCCAAGAUUCGACAAAUUUUGUCUUCGUUCGUUUAUCUCACCUAAUAAUUUUAGAGCGUAUUUAUAGAAAGUAGUUUUAAAAAACGUAAUUUUAGUACGUCGUAAUGUAUGUAAGAUAUGAUCCAGCACAAACUAUACAAGCAAUUAUUUAGAUGUAAGUUGGAAUCUUUGAAUGACUGGAAAUCAUAGUUUAUAUGUAUACUCAAUUGUAGCGAUUUAAUAUCUCGGUGUUAUAUCUUAGUGAUAAACUCUUUUAACUCCCCAUAUGCGACGUAGUUAUAAAGUGCCAAUAGCCAAUACACUAUUAGUGUUAACAUUAAUAUAAAUAUGAUUUUGUAAUCUAUGUUAAUAUAUAUUCUGUAUGGUAUAAUAAGUUAAUAAAACUAGAUAUUAUAAAACGCAUCAGGCGGCGUCAGGGUGCGACUCUCAUCUUUGAGGUCGUAGGUUCGAUAUUUGGCUUUCUGUCUAACAUCUAACACUCGCUUGGUGAAGGAAAACAUAGUGAGGAAACCGGCAUCCCUUAGACCCAAGUCGACGGCGUAUGUCAGGGACAGUACGCUGAUCACCUACUGAUACUGUCUAUGAAAUAAAAAUGAUUAUAGAAACGGAUGUAAUCAGUGGCGAUAUAGGGUUGGAGCGCCACUGGAUUAUUAUUAUCAUAAAGGCCGAUUUACAUUAUCUUAGUGUUUAGGAGAGUG